CGGCGGCCCCGGCGAAGAACUUGAGAAGCCAACUGAGGCCAACCAAGUUUCAGAACCUUUACUGCCUCACACCAGCAUCAGCAGGGAUGAACUGUUUUUGCCAGAUAAUCCUCUGUUCCUGACAGCACAUCUCUCCCCAGAAGAGAAGCGAGGGAGGUGCCACCUUGAUCCAGCUGAAGCAUUUCCAGGAAGCUUCUCUCUGGAUGCCACGUCGAGGCUGCCCUUCUGCCGUAGCACAGAGCUGGUGAUUGCCGAGUGUGCGGACAUGGCUUUGCUCAGCAACAUCUUAGCGGCCUAUUCCUUUGUCUCAGAAAACCCCGAGCGCGCAGCUCUGUACUUUGUCUCCGGCGUGUGCAUCGGGCUGGUGCUCACUCUGGCCGCCUUGGUGAUGAGGAUCUCUUGCCACACAGACUGCCGGCAGCGUCCCCGGAAGAAGUUCCUGCAGGACCGAGACAGCAGCAGCGACAGCAGCGACAGCGACGACGGCAGCUCGGACACAGCGUCUGACAUCUCCGUCAGGAGACACCGCCGCUUCGAGAGGACUUUGAACAAGAACGUGUUCACCUCGGCCGAGGAGCUGGAGCGCGCCCAGCGACUGGAGGAGCGGGAACGCAUCAUCAGGGAGAUCUGGAUGAACGGCCAGCCCGAGGUGCCCGGGACCAGGAGCCUGAACCGCUACUACUAGGGGCGGGAACGGAUGCCCGCGUCUCAGGAAGCCGCCGGGGAGGGCCAGGGUCCGCCGGCAGGGUGGGCACAGGGCUGAAUGCAGUUCUGCUUAAGCCCUGGGGGCAGAGAUAAGCAGGACACGCCCAUUUCCCAGACAGGAGGACUCAUCUUUCCUUUUCGAUUAAAUUCAUGGAGAAGUAGAAAACCCAAGUCAGUUCAUCAACCUUUCCAGGUCUUGGAACGGUGCUGAAAACCCUCUCCAACAAUGUGGGUGGAGAUUAGAGAAACGGGACUGUGGUUUCUCUUGAUUUCUGAGGAUCUCAGAAGUUUCUGCAGACUUCAUUGCUUUGUGUUAUUCCUUUACAAAAGGAAGAUUUUCAUGGCACGAAGGCUAGGAAUAGCAGGGUGAACUUAACCCAGUAAAUGCAAUUUUCUAAAUGACCCCAUGCUAUGGAGGUGAUUCUCAUCCAGAUAGCAUGAUUUAUGCUUAUUAUUUAAGGCUGAUUUUUAAAAAUCUUGUGUUGCAAUGGCAACCUUGUCCAUUUUAACUGGCACCUCAGGGAUUAAAAUCCUAUUUUUUAGUAUAGUUCCCACCUCAUUCAUGAAGAUGGAUAGAAUUAAUGUAUUAUGGGAGAUGUGUCAGUGAACUAGAAAAUAUCAAUAACCUCAAAGGAUGAAGGGUUUUAUUUUAAAUAGUUUAUAAAAUAUAUAUUAACAUGCAUAUUUGAAGAUGCUGCAUACGAAUAAACGAUGUGUCUCCCCCUGCCUCCCGCCCCUUUGGAGGAAAGAAAUUUUGUUAUAAAUCUAGAUACUCAUGAUUUUAAACAUUUUGUUAAAAAAAACAAGUUUGAAUUUCCAAGAAAAGAAUGGGAAUGGGAGAUGAGGAAUAAAGCCAAAAUUAGGAUGAGAUUAAAAAAAAAUAAAUAUUACAUAAAAUCUU